AUGCGGUUAAUAUCGCUUCUGACAUGCUUCGUCGCCUUUUUGGCGCCGAUGGCAUCUGCUGUCAAACUCCUCGAAUCUAAUGCUCUGAAUGUGUGCAUGGAGAGUAGUAACUUCACAGCAACAUACUUCAACGUUGUCUUCUAUCCGGGCAAUAACUCCCUAGUGAUCGGAUUUGAUGGUGUUUCAUACAUCACGGGUAAGGUCACUGCUGAUCUGACAAUUACCGCCUAUGGUUACGAGGCACUCACCAAGACCCUCGAUCCCUGCUCAAUUGCUGGCAUGGGCAUGUGUCCUAUGGCUGCUGGACCGAUGGAUUUGGGUCCACUGUCUCUCGAUCUGCCCUCGGACACCGCCGCGAACAUUCCAGGUAUCGCCUAUACCGUUCCAGACCUUGACGCCAAUGUUCGCAUUACCAUCAAGACAAAGGAUACGCAAGAGAAGAUUGCUUGUGUCGAAGCCUCACUUUCCAACGGUAAAACAGUGGAUCAAGUCGGAGUCGCAUGGACAACUGCUGUCAUCUCCGGCUUGGGUCUUGCUGCAUCCGCUAUUACUUCUGGUCUCGGUCACUCUAAUACUGCGGCGCACGUUGCAGCAAAUGCCCUUUCUCUCUUCGGAUUUAUGCAAUCGCAAGCGAUGAUUGGCAUGACCUCUGUGCACAUGCCCCCAAUUGUGGAGGCAUGGACUCAGAACUUCCAAUGGAGUAUGGGUAUUAUCCGCGUUGGAUUCAUCCAGACUAUUGCGACCUGGUAUCAGCGAGCAACUGGUGGAACCCCCUCGACUCUCCUGUCCCAGCUUGGUGAUACUUCUGUUGAAGUCCUCAAGCGUCGCAAGCGUGACCUUCCCGACUCUGCACUUAACAUGCUGAAGAGAGCCUCUAACUCACCAAUUAUGAAGCGCGCAGCUGGUUUGUUCAAGCGAACCGACUCAAACCAAAAGCUCGUUGUCGUGCGAGGUAUUGAUCGUGUCGGCUUCCGUUCCAACAUUGAAGAAACCAACAUUUUCCUCACUGGUUUGAUCUUCUUCGCGGUAUUCGUCGUCAUUGUCGUCAUCAUCGUUGCAGCAUUCAAGGGUAUCACCGAGCUGCUAGUUAAGCACGGCAAAAUGAAGAGUGACCGUUUCCAGGACUUCCGCAACGGAUGGAAAGUUGUCCUGCGUGGCAUUCUGUUCCGUCUCACUUUGAUCGGUUUCCCUCAAAUGUGUGUCCUCUGUCUCUGGGAAUUCACUCAACGCGACUCCGCGGCCGAGGUGGUUUUGGCAGCGGUUAUGCUUCUGUCUAUGCUCAUCUCUCUCGGAUGGGCCGCCCAGAAGGUUAUCCGGUUGGCAAAGCGCUCAGUUACCAUGCACAAGAACCCCGCCUAUAUCCUCUACUCCGAUCCUUCCUGCCUAAACAAAUGGGGCUUCUUAUACGUGCAGUACCGCGCCACGGCAUACUACUUCGUCGUUCCCUUCCUCAUCUAUACUCUGAUUAAGAGUAUGUUCAUCGGUCUGAGCCAACCUGCACCGGUCGUGCAGACAGUGGCCCUCGUGGUUCUUGAACUCGCCAUGUUGAUCGCCGUUUGCGUCCUUCGUCCCUGGAUGGACAAGAAGACCAACAUCUACAACAUUUCCAUUGCAGUCAUCAACUUCCUCAACUCCAUCUUCCUGCUGGUCUUCUCUGACGUUUUCAACCCCCCGGGUCUGAUGAUUGGUGUCAUGGGUGUUAUCUUCUUUGUCUACAACGCCGUGUUCGCCUUGGUACUUCUGAUCCUCGUUCUGAUUGCCUCGGUGUACGCCAUUGUGUCGAAGGACCCCGAUACUCGUUACCAGCCCAUGCGUGACGACCGUGGCUCCUUCAUCAAGUCCCAGACCCAGCUCACUACGGAGCUGGACGCCCUUGGUGCCACCGCCCGCGGUGAUGUCAAGUCUGGACAAUACCACAACAACCCCUUCGAUGACGACGCCGUCUCUAUCUCAAGCGGAAAUGGUGCCAGCCUCGGCCACCACCAGAUGGAAUCCACCAACCCGCACCACCCCAGUGUCCGCCAGGCCCCCGCCUCGCCGGUUGACCCAUCAGUGCCACUGUUCCCUACCAACAGAGGUUCUCCCCCUGGAUACGACCAAUUUGGUCGGUCUCCCUCGCCCGCCGCUCGGGGCUAUGACAACGCCCCGGUCGGCCAAUCUGCUUUGUCGACCACUUACCGGGCCCAAAAUAACGCCAGUCCAUGGCAAAGGGGAGCUGGUUACGAUCAUUAA